CCCGUUGCUACAUUCCUACGGCUAAAUUCCGAGGUGGUGGUAGUUGCUGCUGGUUGUUAAAGCGCCACCUGCGUGCGAGUUUGUAAGUCACCCCACCCCACCCACCUCUCCAUCACCCACCAUUGACGUCAACUUCCCUUCGAGAAUAAGCAGGAAGAAGAAUAAUAAGAAGCCAGAAGCACUCUUCACUCAAGCAGAAGAGCAUCGCAGCGAAUCUCUUUCGGAGCAGCAAACUUAAAAGACACACGCGCACGUGCGUGAGCUCAUCAAACUAAGCACAACUUCUCGUUGCGUGUCUGUGUUUUUUUUUGUUUUUGUUUUAUUUGUUAUUACCGAACAACAGCAGAAACGGACGUUGUUUCUUUCAUUGAGGUUGGUGGAGAGAAGGGGAGGGGGAGGUGACGGGGGGAGGGGAAGGUUGGAGGGACGUAACAAGGAUCGUAUUCCUGUCGUAUCAUCAUCAUCGACAACAACAACACUACUACUACACAAUACCAAGAAGUCAGGGCUGUGGUUGACCAGGAAGCUCACGAAGUCACAGGCAACGCUGCACGCAGUUGGUGAGUGUGCGUGAGGUCUCUCUCAGGUGUGGCGGUGAGUAAAAGUUGCUAAGAAAACAAACAACCCCCCCCCCCCAAAAAAAAAAUAUAUAACGAUGCGGUGCUCGGAUGCGGACGAAUUCGAGUCGUCUUGGAAGGCGCAGUUCCCCGACCGUGACCCCCCACGGCUGGGGCUCAAGCCCGGUGAUACCAAUGACCUGGCGCGCAAGCUGGAAGCCACGUGCGCCACGGUCCGACGUUUGGAAGUGGAGCUCAAGCAGGAGCGCUUCGUGGCCAUCUACCUGCAGACGUGUCUGGCGCGCGAGAGCAAGCAGUACGAUUGUGGCCGAUGGACGGGCUCCACGGGGUCUCUCGACGACCUCCGGGGUGACGAUGACGGGCAAGCCGGGCACGCAGCCUCCUGGGGACGAGCGAGAAAGCGGGACGAGGCUGCGAAUGUUGUAGAGGGGGAGCAGCCACCACCACCGCCACCACCGCCGUCGUCGCUUGGGCUAUCCGACGUGGCGGCGGCGGCGGUGGUGAAGCCGAAGCAGCAAAGGCAAACGAUCCUCUCCCGGCGCAAGAUGAUGAAGAACGUCAACUCCCAACGUCGCUCUUCUGAUGAGGAAGACGAGAAGAAUGACAGGAAGGCGGAGGAGGAGGAUGAUGAUGAUGACCACGACGAAGACGAGAAGAAUGACAGGAAGGAGGAGGAUGAUGAUGAUGACCACGACGAAGUCGUUUCGGAUGGCGCGGCCGAGGAGACGCCGGCACCGUCGAGGGAAAGUCUACUGGUCGAUCCUCUGUCCCUCCGCUCCCACCACGGCAGCUCGGACUCCCUGGGCGCCAGCAGUGACAGCGAAGAAGACGUCGACUCCGCCAAAACAUCCCCCGGGAAGGAGACGGCGACGAGGAAGAAGAAGCAGAAGCAGCAGCAGGCAAAGGUCGAAAAGGAGAAGCUGGUCACCUGGACGGACACGAAGACCUCCGUGAAGUUGGAGGGGGGACAUAAGUGCUACGCAGUUACCAAAGUGUUCGGCGACGCAGCGUCAACUCCGACCACAGCGGCUGGGUCUGUGGAGAUGGAUGGGGCAGCGUCCUCGAGGCCCGGGUUGUCGGUUUCCAACUACAAAGUUGGCCAGGUCGAAAUUAAGAUAACACGCGCAGAGGACGACCCACACAACGACCUGGAUGCCCCAUACGGCCGGACGCACUCGGCGUGCGGUCACCAAGUGGAGGGCACGGAGGGCGAGGAGCGGGGUCAGGACCUCCCGUACAUCGACGACUCUCCUCCGUCAUCGUCUCCCAAGAUUGGCCAUCGUGGCCUGCAGCCCGAGGACGGAGACGGCCCCACCGAUUCCCCGCUCGACGCAAACCUCGCGGCGGAGGCCGAUGAGGAAAAGGUUUUGACCAUGAGGAAGCUCGUUCUGUCUGGUAUUCUGGCCAGCGAAGAGACCUACCUCAACCAGCUGGAGGGCCUCAUGCUGCCGCUGAAACCGCUGAGGGCGGCCGCCACGACGUCGCAACCACUGCUCACCAACGUUCAGAUCGACGCCAUCUUCUUAUGCCUGCCCGAGAUCCUCGCGGUGCACCGCGAGUUCUACGAGGGCCUGCGGCCUCGCGUGCAGCAGGACGACGCCUCGCAGGGCGUGGGCGACCUCUUCCUCAAGCUGGCCAACCACCUUGACUACUACAAGAAGUUUGUGGACAACUACAAGACUGCGGUGGAGAUGGCCGAUAAGUGCAGCAGCGCGGACGCUCAGUUCGCCAAGAUUUCAGAGAGGUUGAAGGUGAAGAGCUCUUCUGGAUCCAAAGAACAAGCAAGCGCAUCGUCUCUGGAAGCGCUCCUGUACAAGCCCGUGGACAAAGUAAUGCGCAGCACGCUCGUCCUGCACGACCUGCUGAAGCACACGCCGCGGUCGCACGACGACUACCCGGCCCUGGAGGAGGCGCUGCGCAUCUCCCAGAACUUCCUCUCCCACCUCAACGCCGAGGUGACGUCGCAUCGAGCGAAUCUGCGCAGGGGAGAGGGCUACUCCAUGCUGCGCGACGGCUUCCUGGUGGAGCUCGUGGAGUGCUCCCGCAAGCUGCGUCACGUGUUCCUCUUCGACAAACUGCUCCUCUGCACCAAGCUGAAGAAGCAGAUCUCGGGGAAGCAGCAGAACUACGAGUGCAAGUGGUACCUGCCGCUGGUGGACCUGAGCUUCGUGCCGUUGGACGAGACGGAGGGCAGCCCCCCCAUCCACGUGGCCACGGAGGAAGAGCUGGAGGCGAUGAAGGGCAAGAUCUCGCAGAUCAAGAGCGAGAUCACGCGAGAGAAGAAAGCGAACAAGAACAGCCGCUCGUUGGAGCGGUUGAAGAAGAAGUUGUCGGAGCAGGAGUCGCUGCUGCUGCUGACGUCACCCAGCAUGCCGCUGAGGCUCCACACGAAGCACGGCAAGCCUUACACCUUCCUCCUAUCGUCGGACUACGAGCGAGCCGAGUGGAGGGAGGCCAUCCAGGAACAACAGAAGAAAUGUACCGACAGCUUUGCGUUGAGCUCGGUGGAGCUGCAGCUCCUCACCUCAUCCUGCAUGAAGCUCCAGAUGGUUCACAACAUCCCGCUCACAAGCAACAAGGACGACGACGAGUCUUCGGGCCUCUACGGCUUCCUCCAUGUCAUCGUCCACUCCGCCUCGGGAUUCUCCGAGGCCGCGAAUCUCUACUGCUCACUGGAACUGGACUCCUACGGCUAUUUCGUGAACAAAGCUCGAACCCGAGCUUCCAGGGACACCACCGAGCCCGAAUGGAAUGAGGAGUUUGAGAUCGAGCUGGAGGGUUCCCAGAGCCUGCGCAUCCUGUGCUACGAGAAGCGCCACGAGAAGGGCAAGCUGAGCAAGGGCGACGCCCAGACCAGCGACCUCAUCCUGGGCAAAGGACAGGUGCAGCUGGAUCCCAAGGGCGUCCCAGAAAAGGACUGGCAGGAGACGGUCAUAUCCAUGAACGAGAUCGAGGUGAAGCUGUCAAUGAAGUUCACGAGCCGGGAGUACAGUCUGAAAAGGAUGCCCUCUCGCAAACAGACCGGCGUCUUCGGGGUUAAAAUCAGCAUCGUCACCAAGCGGGAGCGCUCCAAGGUGCCGUACGUGGUGCGGCAGUGCGUGGAAGAGAUCGAGAGGAGAGCCAUCGACGAGGUCGGCAUUUACCGCAUCUCCGGCGUCGCCACCGACAUCCAGACGCUCAAGGCGGCGUUCGACAACAACCACAAGGACGUGCUGGUGAUGCUGAGCGAAAUGGACGUGAACGCCAUCGCGGGCGUGCUCAAGCUGUACUUCCGGGAGCUGCCCGAGCCGCUGCUCACCGACGAGAAGUACCGCAGCUUCGUGGAGGCCAUUGCGCUCUCGGACCCCGUGGCGAAGGAGAACUGCAUGAUCAACGUGAUGCAGUCACUGCCUGAGCCGAACUACACCACCUUCAUGUUCUUGCUGGGCCACCUGCGCAGGGUCGCGGAGCACGACUCGGCGAACAAGAUGACGCUGCACAACCUGGCCACGGUAUUCGGCCCGACCCUGCUGCGGCCCUCCGAGAAGGACUCCAAGAGCUCCCCGGCGGCCAUCGUGAGCGUGGACAGCUGGUCGUUGGAGGUCAUGGCUCAGGUGCAGGUCCUCCUCUACUUCCUGCAGAUGGAGUCCAUUCAGCCGUCUGAGAGCAAACGACAGAGUCGCCUGCUGAUCUAGAGCGGGUCGGCCUGCGCACCCUCCCACUCUUCUCCAUCGUCAUGGGCGCAGCGUUUCCGUUGCGCCCGGAAACAGCUCCCCUCCUCAACAGCGCUGGCGCCCGUCAUUCUUUUUGCCAAAGCCAGCGUUCGCAUUCCUCCACCUGCAGGGUUGGCCCUACCGUGGCGUACAUCGAUCGACCGCGGGUCUCUCAGACCCUCCGCGCAAGUGGACGUUUUGUUUUGCGUUUUGUUUUUGUAAAACAAGCCAGCUGUUAGUUUGGCUGAAGUGGGAAUCGUGCAGCUUAGCCCAUUUUCCUGUCUCUCCAUCCGUCCCUCUGCUGGAACAAGGGUCUUUAUAUAAGUCUCGGUGGAUCUGGAGGCGUUGCUAUUAAGUAUUUUCAUUUGAAUUUGUGCAAAACCAAAAUGCGUCAGUGGAUUAAUGGUAAGGAGGCACUUGCCCACGCCCAGCGCUUCCAACCCUGUGUGCGUGCGUGUGCACGCGUGUGCACGAAGCCAACGAGAUGUUAAUAAUCACGACGAUGACAAAUCGCCCCGUGCCUGCCGAGUGCAGAACACACACCCUGGCGGUUAAGGUGGACAUCCAUAGGCAUCCGCAUUAGCGACUCAACCGUACGUGGUACCGCGGUGUCUCCUCUCUGAGCCCCAAGAGUUAUUCGUGGGAACAGGAGCACAAGCCCUGAUGGACAAACUCAAAAGCGUGAAUUUUGAUUUCAGUAUGUCUAUUCGCUGUUGAGAGAUUUUCAUCCUUGUCGUCAUCAUCACGUGUCAUUCCCAAUCCGACUCGUCUUGGGAUCUCCAUCUCCACGCUUAGUCCGUCCUGCGAACCAAGCGGCUUCGCUGCAUUGUCCAGACACCCACGUGUUCGUCUCCCUUGCCGAUCUCUUCCCCCUCAAUCUCACCAGAAAGGGACCACGGGCCAACGUUCAAAAUAAUGUAAAGAGCAAGCACGAUUGAUAUAAUGAGCACAGUGAUUACAUCUUUAGUCAAUGAACUGCUAACGAUAAUCCUGCAGUAAGCGUGAUGAUGCAGUUCAAUCGUCCCCUGAUUGUAAUGGACUAAUUAGACGUUGUGAAACCAUGUGGCAGGGUUUCCGUCAAUAGCUUUUAUCAUUUCAGUGCAGGACGUCGGAAGGCGUAUCAAAUUCUAAUCGGUCUAGACUAACGACAAACGACACCAUCAGGCUUUCAGACGGGGGACAUCUCAGGGUGCAGCCUCGUUGCGUUUAAUGUGAUGUCCAUUUAAGCGUGUGUAUGUGUGUGGUGGGGUAAAAUGUGGGGACUCUCCAUCUCUGGCAAGUUUGCCCAGCGUAGUAGAAGAGUAGGCCAAAUACCCUAUGUGGGGGGGGGGGUGCCCUAGAGUUCACUUCGGUGGAGACCCUUCUGCCAGCAUGGCUAACCGUAACCACCACGGGUACAAGAUGGAGCCUUCCCCUUGCCGAUACGCGUCUAGUCACAGAGAAAGGCAGGUGCUAAGCUGGGAUAAACACGUUGCUUGGUUUUUCGUUUUGGCAGAGCUGCCGCAUCAACCGAUGGAGGUGCUUCACGAUACACCAAGAGCUUGGGUUGCCACUUUUGAUGGUUUAAAAAAAAACAGGACACAUCACGGGAUGAAGAAUAUCUCACAAUACCUACCUAUAGAGGACGAAGUUACUUCAUGUAGAUGCAUUGUCGAGAGUGGUGCAUCAGUAACGCAGCUGACGAAAACCGGGGCUUUCAAUUUCCGGGAAGACUUAGAGAUUUCCGAAGACACCGAGCUAACUAUCUUUAAAAACAAAUAGAACAAUCCUGGGAAAACCAGGGCAGGUGGCAACCCUAGCGAGAGCACGGGUCGAGCGACGGGUAUUUACCGCUGACACUCCUGUCCAGGGGGGGGGGCCUCCCGAGAUCGCGAGCGCCAAAGCGAACGAGCGUCGGAUGGUGCAGCGGUCCAGCGUCUUGGAAUCGUGUGACCGAUGAGCCCACGGUAGCGGCGGAUGCACGCACGCACGCACGAUGCCACCGAUGAGGGAGAUUUGGGGGGGGGGGGGGCGAUGAACGCCUGGAGCACACCGCUGGGCGCUUUAACCAGCUCGGCGCCAAGCAUGGCACAUUUGUAUUGAAAACGUACAAAGACUGCACGCAUAGAGUGCAGUAUAUGUGUGUAUUACACUUUGUAAUGUUGGGCUGCUUUUCCAGCGGCUGCUUCUUCACGUGGCUCACCUGAGAUUUGCUCUGUAGCCCACUUGUGCCCAUUGGAGAAGGGUGAGCCGGGCUCUGCUAACGGUGUGGGGGCGGGGGGGGGUUUGUACAAAAUCUAUGCCAAACCAGCUUUGCAAAACGAUCCGGGGGACCAAACGGUGAUUGAAUAUUCUACUGAUUUGUUUUUCUUUCAUGGCGUGUGAAGGGGUCACAUUAUUGUUGGGUUUUUGUUGUCUUGUUUCGAAUUUUAAAUUAUUGUAUAAUGUUUUGUGUAAGACGGCGGGGGGGGGGGGAACUUAAGUAUAUAGCUAUGAUGUACUUGGUUGUUACUCGUAAUGAAUGCCUAUUUUUUGUUGUCUGCCGUAUGUAGAUUCAAUCUGUAGUUUCUGAAAGGUAUCCAUUGACAAUGUAAUCAUAAUUUUGUAAGUUCAACUCUCUCUUCUCCAUGCCCUGCACACGUUAAGCCACUUCUACAAUUGAGCGGGGUUUUUUUUCGAAUAUAAACUGCUAAGUUAACAUUUUUUAUUCAGCAUAUUAUAUUUAGACACUUUCGGCAAGCUGUUGCGUCUCGUACUCUUGAGAUGCUGCGUGCAAAAACACAGUACUUUUUUUCUGUUUCGUGUUUGUUAUCAAUAUUAUUUUGUUUGAAAUAUUUUUUUCUGCAUUUAAAAUGUUCUAAUACUCUUCUUGCCUGUAUAUAGCACAAUGUUUUUUAUGAACAGGCCUCCCCCAAGGAAGGCACUCGAUGUGAACUCCUGUGCGUCUCUGUGUCUGUCUGUCUGUGUGCGCGCGUGUGUCUAUUUGUGUGUGUGUGCUGGCGAACAGCACUUGCCCCAAAAGUCUGUGAGGGGGUGGGGGAUCUUUGUACAACAUCGUGUAUAAAGCUCCCUUCUUGAACCAUGAUGAAACCAGGUACGGAUAGCGUACCCAGGCAAUGUUAGAUGGGUAAGUGGAAUUUUUGCGUUGGGCAUUGAUUGGCAAAGGCCAAAACGCAUGUCUCCUCAACCACUGACGACCAUGCCAAACCUCUCAUUAAUCCGGCUUACAACUUGCACUGUUUUACCAAAACCUGCAAUUGAAAAGGUUUUACGUAUCCGCACUAAAUCUGCUGCAUUCAGAGGAUUAUACGGACAGCUUUUACAAUGCAAUGAUGUAUACGGACUGGUGCUAAUUACUUUUUUGGGCAAGACUCAAUGUAAAAUAAUGUGUUGUGACAAUUCCUUUAUUUUUACAUCAACACAUUGCUUUACCGUUGCCGGAUGUUCACCGUCGCUCGGCGUUUAAUAAACAACUUCAGGACGUUGCAGGAUCGGUACAACAUAUCCAGACGUGUCGUAUGUUUUGUGCUGGUCUAUCUGGAAUACGUUUAAAUACUUCCUACACAUUUAUUUGUGGCAUAGUAGGUUGCGUAGGUAUAGGUAGGUUAUGGUAAAGUACAUGCUUGGUUAAAAAUAUAUAUUAGUUCUAACAUUUGCAGUGAUUUAGCACCUCCUACGAAAACAGAAUGACAUACUUGGACUGGCGUAUACGACUGUUUUUCAAAGCGGCAUUGAUGUGUAUGUUAUCGGUAUAUAGGGUACCAAUUUUACCCUUUGCAGAAACUUAUUGAAUACAUUUUUACAUCGCGGUACCUGUCUUUCGGGAGGGAAUGAUGUUUUUCAGAGGGUCACGUGUGGUGGGGUAAAGUGUGGGUACUCACACCUCUUCCAAGACUUCUGGCCAGUAUGGAUGAGUUGGCCGAAUGCCCUCUAAGAGAGGCGGCAGCGCUCUCUAUAAACAUGUCCGUAGUGAACGCGCUACCCCGCCUGUUCAACCCCCAGCAGUGUCACGACACAGCAAGUCACCGGUACCAGCGGGAUGGUUGACUAGUUAAUUAGCGUUUGGAUCUUUCGUGACUGCAGGAAUUACUCUUUGGUUCUUUCGGUAAAGUCACGUAAAUAAAUUAUUUUCUUUCUACGUGAAAAUAAUGUAUUUUGUUUCUACGUGACUUUAUCAAAAGAACCAAAGAGUGAUUAAUUAGGGUUUGGGAUUCGUAUCGUAUCUAGUUUGGGUGUGCUCAUCCUCUUUUUUUGGCCAUCAAUUGGAACGUGUCACCUUUUGAUUUUGGCCGCUAUUAAUAAUAUCUGCCGCUCAUCCGCACACUGUGGUGGGGGCUUGAUUAUUGGAGUUUGAGAAGCCCCUCAUCCAGGAGAGAAAGUGAGCCUUUCUUUUUUUUGUACACAAAAAGUCAUGGCGAAAUACUUUGGAAGAGAUUGUCUUAAUUAUCACCCUCGCCAACUUGGCUGGGGUUAAUUGAACCUAUCUGCCAGGGGGUUCAAUGAUUCGGCGUAACCCGCGCUUCUCCGAUUGAUGAUCGCCGCCAUUCGAUUCAAGAGUGGAUUUCGGUUUUAACGUUUGGGGCUUGUGAGAGCCCAUUGCGGCGACAUUAGAUUUGAAAAUCAUCGGUAUUUAUUGCACGUAAAUUAACGCGUGUGGCCGUGGGUUUUCAGAGUCCACUAUUAACAGAUGAGCCGAUUGCAUCGGUGCAAUUUGUUGAUCGAUCAAUUAUUCUUUUAUCGCCGACCUCAUGCAAAAAGUUAAUAUUUUGGCUUCAAAUAAUUAAUGUGCCGUCAACACCUCCAAUCUGGACCAUUUUAUUUUUUUAAACCAUUUUCGCGUGGUGCGUGAUAGGCUUCCAGUGCCACCUCUUGGUCAUUUCGGUAAAUGUGAGCUGCAGCAAAAAUGUCCGUCGGAGUUGAUUUGCAUAUAGGGUACACAAAGCAAUAGCCCCAUUGUGUCUCCAAGUAUAAAUGCUAUGUAUUUCAACCCAUCAGCCUAUUGAGCCAGCAGCAUUUGUGUAAGCAAUUUUAGAUGGCAAACAUUCUUGAAUGUCGAUAGCGGUCAGGCCUCUUAAACACAUGCUGAUCAGUUAAAUAAUUGUAACUGCCAGAUGUUAUUGGCAAGAGCACUGCGCACAAAUUAUCGUCCGCAAAGCCAAUAGGCUCUUUAAACCCUGAUGCCCCCACGUUUUUCCAAUUCAGUGACUUUGCGGUAACACGCAACAACACUGGGCGUAGGGUGUAAUCUACGAUCCAGUCGAGGAUUCGUUCAACCGUUCGUGAAAGUGGAUUGACAAACGGGAGUGAUGAUCUCGCCUCUAAUCUCACCAAACGGCUCUCUGAUGAACCUUUAGCGCCAUCUAGUGGACACAAAACGCAUCUAAUUUCGCGGUGCAUUUAAAAUAUUGUACUAUAGUGUGGCUUUAAAUCGCAGCAA